AGAUUAUAGAGCAUUUAUUGUUAUUUAUUAAUACAUAUAUAAAAAAGUAAUUAUUUAACGAAGAUUCGAACCCCAUUUAGCAGAGACUCAAACCCUCUUAGCUGAGAUUCAAAUCCCAACCUCGUGAAAACUUGACUUUCUUGGUUUAAAUGUAUGUGAAUGUAUGUAAUACAUAUAUAUAUAGCUGCGAAGAUGUGCGACCUGUCAAAUAAAAGUGUUCUUCGUCAUUUCAGCUAUUAGAAAGAUAUCUCGCGAGUCUAAAGUCGUAGAUAGUCUGGCAUUCAAUUAAAUUGCAGUUGUAUGCGCGAGAUGUGUCAGUGGCAUGUGAUACGGGCGAUUGAACGAGAUUUAUUGCGAUGUAAGUUAGGUUAUGCCCCGAGACUCGGCGAAUAAAGCGAAAGGUCUCUGCUGCAGGUCACGCGUUAUUUCCUAGCGUUGUCCCAUGCGUAGGAACUAAUGGCUCGUUCCUCUAUUUCGGCACAAUGCGAUCUGGUCGCGUCGUACAUGGACGGCGUUCACGUGAAAAUCGCGGAGGCCUACAAGCCACCAAGAAAGAUCGGUCUACCCGCGGCAUACAACAACCGAUUACCGGAUGUAUCAAAGCUGACGUACGACUUCAACUUGGAGAAAUCGGUACUUGAAAAGAUGUGUGAAUGGCGUAAGGCUAGACAAGCUUAUAGCAAGGCACGUCAGGCUCGGCUGGAAGAGAAGAUAAAAAAGGAGAAAGAAGAAACUCCUCCCUCACCUCCUCCUUUGCCACCUGAUUGUGUGAAACAGCUGCCUAUUAAUACAGCGCCUGCUCCUGAAACGACAAUACUUACACCUCAACCUCUGUCACCUCCAGUCAAUGAUCUCCAGGAUCUUCAGGAUCAUACAAAGACCAAUGGAGAUCUCGACUAUGCUGAUUUCGAUAAUGACACAAGUAGCCCCUUCGACAAUAUGGAAUUGAAAACCAUCAAUGACAUGGAAGAACUAGCACAGGUUUUACAGCCUAGAUCACAGUGGAUACCAGCAGGAAAAUUGGAGAAUAUAAUAAAUGAACUAUCGAUCGACAAUACGGAAACUCACAAGGAAGAAAAAGUUGACGAGAUGAAAAAUCAAGUAGAUAGUCAAGUAGAUGUAGAUGUGCAUAAUGUUGAAAAUCAUCGCAGUGUCUCAGCAAUAAUGCAGGAUCUCCAAAAGGAGUUAGACCGGCCUGUUAUGGAGAAUUGGAAGCCAUGGCCUGAUCUGGAAAGUCCAGAUAGCGAUGUGCCUUCAAUUCCAAAGCACAAUGAUUCGACGAAUCAUGUGAAACAGUCAGAUUUGUUAUCCAGUAUGACAGAGGAUGAUCUAAAGUUAGUCACACAGUUGGGCGAUAUGGGAUUUCCUGUACUUAGAGCAGCACGCACAGUGUUGGAGCUAGGUCGUAUACACGAGAAGAAAAUUGUAGAAUAUCUAUUAGCUGUUCAAUCUCUAGAGGAGAACGGCAUUCCGGGUGACUAUGCUGAAAAAGCAUUGACACUUGCGCAACAUGAUCAAUAUAAAGCGAAAAUUUACUACGAGAAUUUAUGCACGUUGAAAGAUCUAGGAUUUCCUGAGGACGAAGCUUCUGCGACGUUAGUGAAGUGUAAUUUCGAUCGCGAUAAGGCGUUAGAUCUUCUAAUUGCUUGAACGAACUAUCAAAACGGCAUCCAUAAGAUAUAAUAGAAUAUUUUUUGCGAUUUGAUUUUAUGCGGAAGCAGGUAGAAUCUGUGCAGAAAAAAAAAAUAGAAUUUUUAUAUCGCAUGGAAGAUACUUUGCCUUAUAAUCGCAACGUAUAUUUUAAUAAAAAGAAAAAGAUAGUAUUCAGUGAGACUAGUCUUGAAUAACGAAACCUGAAGAAAGUUACAUUCUCAAUCCAUAAUUUAAUUCAGUAUAUAAUUUAUUAUGACAUUUGAAUUUCUACUGGGCAUUAUUAAACAAUCGGUUAUAACUGAUUGUUCCAAAAUAAAUUAUAAUCAUAAUAAACUAAAAACUCAAUUUUACAAAAUAUCACAAGAUUUCAAUUGUAUAUGCAAGAAUUUUUUUAUUUUCCUAAUAUCUUUUUGUGUACAGAAGUGUGUUAAUUAAGUACCUAAUGACGAGAGUUUAACAUCAAUUGAUGGAGUGCCAAUGAAGCUUAAUAGUCGUGUUCGAGCAUGUAGCGAAUGCAGUGGCGCAACUGCAAAGUUAGAGACGACUUAUAAACUGAUACACUCAGGUUGCUGACACUGGGAGUUUACGCAGAUACUGGCGGGUCCGUUUGUUAAUAAACUGUAUAAAGCAUAAUUCAUAGAAGACCAUGUAAAGUCCGGUUUAAUAUUCUUAGAGAGUGGUUUGUAAAGUAUCGUUACGUUUGUGGGAGAAACAUCGAGCGUAUGUUUAUACCUAAAAUGUACUCGCGUUAAAUUAUGAGAUAUUUAUAAUUGUGCAGAAAGAGA